CUGAGACUGCAAAUCGGUAUUUGCUAUCAUACUAUUUUAAUGUGUUAUCUUGAUCAUAAACUCACUUGUUUGCAGAGCAAAUAUUUUUAGUUGCACUUCGAACAGGCAGUCUCGCACAUUCAAGUGAAUUUACACAGUGUUAGAUGUCGAUUUCCAUGUGUAUCAGACAUAUAUGUGAAGAUCUGAGAAACGGCACGAGAAAAAGGAAGUUACCGUACGUUUAAACCUAGGUAAAGCUAUGUGCUUCAGUGCGUCGUGUGUAGCCUACAACUGGAGCGCGUCAGUGAGCGCUGUCCACAUCUGUGCUGCUGAAAUCGUCUCUCUCUCUCUCUCUCUCUAAAACUCAACUGCUUUCCACAGAUCGUAUCAUUCGCCUUACAUCGCACCACCUCUCACGCUGUGUCUGUUGGCUCGCGCGCAUCAGAACGCAUCAAGUCUCGUUCUGACCCGAGUAUCUUCUCGACCUCAGCUGGAUCUGUACACUUCGGAAUAUUGAGCAGAACUGAGGACAUCCAAGCAAACCCCCGGCCAAAAAACUUAGUAUACGUAGAGUCUCGUGGGAAAAGCCUUCCGUAUGUCCUUAAGGGGAACUAUGGGGAGAGUGUUUCAUUCGGUUCAGCACUGGACAGACUAGCCGAAGAGCCGCUGGAGCCGAGCCCGAGCUGGCUUUUUGGAGCUAUUUUACGCUGGCUGGGAAUAUAGAGCAACUUGUAUACGCGCUGUUGUGCAUUUGGAGAUCUGAUGAAGGUGGUGCUGAUGGACGCGCCGAGUUUCCACGCGUUCGCGCUCCUGUGCGCGUUACGCACCACACUGGCAGCAAAUAACUAUCACUGCAAUGGGCCACUGGUUUCUGCUCUUCCUCCCACAUCAUUCCAGAGCUCCUCAUCUUCCUCUGACAGUCAGUCGCCAUAUUUUGCCAAGCUCAACAGAAGAGAUGGAGGUGGCGGCUGGGCUCCAGAACGAACAGACAGGCAACGAUGGCUACAGGUGGAUCUGCGGGAACGGGUCGAGGUCACAGCUGUGGCGACCCAGGGGCGUUUCGGGAGCCCUGAUUGGGUUACGAGUUACAUGCUGCUUUGCAGUGAUACAGGAAGAGCUUGGAAGCAGUUCAGACAAGAGGACAGCAUAGGGACUUUCAGUGGAAAUACAAAUUCAGAUGGGAUUGUUCACCACAAGCUCUCACACUCCAUAAGAACACGAUUUCUGCGGUUCUUGCCAGUGGACUGGAGUCCCGGGGGAUGGAUGGGGCUCAGAGUGGAGGUCUACGGCUGUGCAUACAAGUCGGAUGUUGCAGAUUUCAACGGCAGGAGCUCUUUGCUGUACCGGUUUAAUCAGAAGUCCACCAGCACUGUGAAAGACGUCAUCUCUCUACGGUUUAAGAGCCAGCGCGGGGAUGGGGUCCUUGUGCAUGGAGAGGGACAAAGAGGUGAUUACAUCACCCUAGAGCUGCAUAAGGGCAGACUGGCCCUGCAUAUCAACCUGGACGAUGUCAAGAUGCAUCCUAGCAGUGGCCAUCUCUCUGUGUUUCUGGGUAGUCUUCUGGAUGACCAGCACUGGCACUCCGUCCUGAUCGAGCGAUUUAACAAACAGAUCAACUUCACUGUGGACAGACUAACCAAACACGUGAGGACGGCUGGGCUGGAUGAUUCACUGGAAGUUGAUUAUGAGCUCAGCUUUGGAGGAAUCCCUCUUCCCGGAAAACCAGGCACAUUCCUGCGGAAAAACUUCCACGGAUGUAUGGAGAACCUCUACUACAAUGGGGUUAACAUCAUUGACUUAGCCAAACGACGCAAACCUCAGAUCUACAGUGUGGGGAAUGUGACUUUUACCUGCUCAGAGCCUCAACUGGUAUCCGCCACCUUCUUGAGCUCCAGCAGCAGUUUCCUGUCACUUCCAUUGGACGCUGUCACGGAAACGCUGUCGGUGACGUUCCAGUUCCGGACAUGGAACCGGGAAGGGACGCUACUUUCGGUCUGGCUGAGGAGGGAGUCAGAGAGACUGCUUUUGCUUCUCGUUCAUGGGCAGCUUAGGCUCACACACCACAGAUCAGCAUUGCAAAGCUCUGAUAUAGUCAUCGGUCAGGCUCUGAGUGACGGCCAGUGGCACACGGUGUCCAUUAGUGUGGGAGGUUUCCAGGUUUCCCUCUCGGUGGAUGAUGAGCCACCGUCCACCAUGCAGCUCAAGGACAUAGCACAGCUUGAGAGGAGUGUGCUAAUUGGAGGUUGCCCAUCAGUGUUAACCAAUCAGGGUUGUCGGAAUCCGACACUGGCAUAUCAAGGCUGCAUGCGCUCUGUUAUCAUUAACAACCAGCCAAUCAACUUUUACCUGGUGCAGCAAGGCCUGCUGGGAAACUUCAGCAAGCUCCAGUUUGACAUCUGUGGCAUUCGUGACAGAUGUCUUCCUAACUACUGCGAGCAUGAUGGGGAAUGUUCUCAGUCCUGGAACACGUUUUUCUGUGACUGUUCGGGAACUGGAUACACGGGAGCAACCUGUCACAACUCCAUCUUUGAACUCUCCUGCGAGGCCCACCGGCUCACAGGAAGUGCCUCCGGCUUUUUCUCAAUCGAUCCUGAUGGAAGCGGGCCGCUCAAAUCCACCGUUGUCUACUGCAACAUAACCGAUGAUAAGGUUUGGACUGUGGUGAAUCACAAUAGCACAGACAUGUUGAGGGUUCAAGGGUCUUCACUUCAGAAGCCCCACGUGAUGAAGUUCAACUACAGCACGUCUCUGGAACAGCUGCGGACACUUGUGGGCAGGUCGGAACAGUGCCAGCAGGAAGUGGUUUAUCUCUGCAGGAAGUCCCGCCUCUUCAACACAUGGGAUGGAACGCCCUUGUCCUGGUGGCUGGACCGGGCGGGAGAGAGGAGGACGUACUGGGGUGGAUUUCUCCCCGGGGUGCAGCAGUGCGCCUGCAGUCUGGAUGAGAACUGCAUUGAUAUGAAUCACUUCUGCAACUGUGACGCCGACCGCAGCUCAUGGGAGAAUGACACAGGAGUGCUGUCCUACAAAGAGCACUUACCAGUGACCGAGAUCUUGGUAGGAGACACAAACCGAAGUGGGUCUGAAGCCAUUUACAGAGUGGGAUCUCUGCACUGCUACGGGGACAGGUUUUUGUGGAACGCCGCUUCCUUCUACCAGGAGUCGUCCUACCUGCACUUCCCAAUGCUUCAGGCCGAGCUCAGCGUCGACAUCUCGCUCUAUUUCAAAACCACGGCUCCCUCUGGAGUCUUCCUGGAAAAUCUGGGUGCAAAAGACUUCAUUAGAGUGGAACUCAGCGGACCUUCUGUUGUGACCUUCACAUUUGAUGUGGGUAAUGGCCCGGUGGUUCUGACGGUGAAGUCUCAUGUGCCGCUGAAUGACAAGCAGUGGCAUUAUGUCCGAGUGGAGAGGAAUAUGAAGGAGGCGUCGCUGCAGGUGGACCAGCUGCCCUUGCGCUUCCUGGAGGCCCCGUCUGAAGGCCACACCCACCUUCAGCUUAACAGCCAGCUGUUCAUUGGAGGCACAGCAUCGAGACAGAGAGGAUUUCUAGGGUGCAUCAGGUCAUUAAGCAUCAACGGGAUGACACUUGACCUUGAGGAGCGGGCUAAAAUGACCCCUGGGGUUAGUUCGGGGUGCCUAGGUCACUGCAGCAGCCAAAACAGCUUGUGUCACAACAGGGGGAAAUGUAUCGAGAAGAGCAGUGGCUACGUUUGUGACUGCACACACUCAGCCUAUGGAGGACCCAACUGCAAGAAAGAAGUUUCUGUGUCCUUUGAAAGCGGGUCCUCUGUGACCUAUACCUUCCAGGAACCAUUUUCUGUGAUGCGCAACCAGAGCCGUCAGUCCUCGGCUAUCUUUGCCCAAGGCAGCAAUUCACGAGAGAGCAUCGCCUUCAGUUUCCUCACAACUCAAACUCCUGCCAUGCUUCUGACAGUCAACACCUAUCAUCAACAGUACAUGGCCAUUAUUCUGGCUCACAACGGGAGUUUGCAGAUUUGGUAUCGGCUGGACCGAGAGAAAGAGCCUGACAUCUUUACACCAACAUCUCUUAAUUUGGCCAAUGGAGAGCUCCACAGAGUCCAGAUACAUAGAGAGGGAAGGGACAUGUAUGUCCAGAUUGAUAAAGAUACCAAUCUGAAAUACAGCCUGUCCACAGACAAAGAGUUGAUCACGAUAAGGUCUUUGACAUUGGGGAAAGUCACAGGUCGAGCUGGUGUAGACGAGGAGGUUCUCCAGGCCGGAUCCAGAGGUUUCAUCGGCUGUCUGUCUUCAGUUCAGUUUAACAAUUUGGCUCCUCUCAAGGCGGCCAUAUUGAAUCGAGGUAGCUCAUUGGUUAAUGUUCUUGGUAACCUGGUAGAGUCAAAUUGCGGAGAGCUGGCGGAUAAGUCUUCAUCCAGAUCUUUGUCAGAUCAUGCAGACACAGGAAGUAGAGGGAAGAAACUUACGAACGCUGCCCAAAGUGGAUCUGCUGUAAUUGGAGGUUUGAUAGCAGCAGUGGUGCUCAUUACCCUCUGUGCCGUGGCCGUGAUGACCCGCUUCCUGUACCGCCAUCGAAACGAGCGUACCCGGCAGAUGUCCUCCGUCAAGGAGAAAGAUCACCAGCCCAGGCCAGAACUCCGAUACCGGGCCGAGUUGGACCUACACAGUGCCAUGAGAGACAGCAGGAAAGAGUACUUCAUCUGACCUGUGGCGUACAAACCUCGUGAUCCCCACUGAGUCGCUGCGACCCUAUGUUCGAUGCCAACUCAGUGGGCAGGGAUUGGGGACAGGAAGUGAGCUGAGCUUUGUGGACACAGCCAGUGACCUUCACCCUCCCAACCACUGUCCUUUAGCAUCCAGGAUUCAGGGAACGGAAAGUACACAACAUAGAUAUGUUGAAUUAUAGUGGUAUCCAGGCAGCGUGGUGGUUUUUCAUAUAUCAGUGGUUCUUUGCUGCGGUUUUAGAAAAAUGUUCCUAAGAGUUAGAAGAUCAGGUGGCUUCAAAACUCAGAAGCUGUACCCAAACAUGGUCUUCAGCCCUUCGCGGAGGAUUGAGAAUAAGACGUUUGAAGCUACUCUUUUGCUUUCAGGGCUAAUUGUUUAACCAGACAACAAAGAGAUUACAGAAUCGUUCAUGUGUGGACAUGUGAAUCACUCUGGCAGACAAACAAACACUUGACGGUCUCCAGUCUGUGGACCGUGACCAAUCAAACGGCUCUGGUGCAGUACUAAUCCAGCACGAAUGGUCUUGUUCAGCCACAGGCGAGCACGACGUAGUGAUGCAAAUAAAGUGGUUGAUGUUA